AUGGGGGAGCUAUCGUGCUGGGGAGGUGCGGCGGGGGAUGGAGGAGAUCCUGAGCAAUACCCCCUGGCAAAUGCCGAAGUUGUCCCUUUGGAGGCAAUGCUGACGGGAGAGCCUUUUCCUCCUGCACGUUUUGCAACUCCUGAAGAGGUUCAAGAGGCAAAACGGGAGCUGAAAGAGACGCACGCACCUUCCAAGAUAGCACACCUGAAUGCAUUUCGCCAAGGUGAGCUCCUAGACGAUCAUGUCGCUGAGCUCUAUUUGGCUGCUUUGCAGGAUCGGAUAGCAGCCGAAGAUACGCUUCCUGAUACUUUUAUUUUUAGUUGGUGGAGGCGAUACUGCCCUGACCAGAAGCCUGGGGAUCCCCCUGUGCACCUGCCUAAAUUGUCAGCAACAGAGCUGCAGCGGUGCGAGGCUGCCAAAUUCAUUUUAUUUCCGCUGAAGCUCUACACCACGGAAGAGGGAGACGACGGCAACAACAGCUUUUUUCACUUCGCCUUAGGAGUCAUCGAUAGAGAAAACCACGUUGUCCGUAUCGUGGACUGUUUGAGGGAGGAGCACAGCUACUAUACCCCUGCGUUGAAGCAACUGCAAAUGCUUGCUCACGAGCUUGAGUGGCAGAUCGAUGUUCAAUCGAAUGCCUAUCGAACACCCAGCCAGUAUACGAUAUCGCGUCAGGCUCCAGAGCCGGGAUUCAGCUCCCUUAAGCCCAAAUCUGGAUACGAAGGAACAGUGAGCUUCUUCAAUAACUUGCCUGGGAACUAA